AUGCUGCCGUUCUCAGAGCUGCGGGGAACUGGCCUCCGACGCCCCGGACCAGGCUCCUUCUUCUCCUCUUUCCCGGCAUCCUCAGAUUUCUUCUCCUCGUCCUUCAGCCCCGGCACCGACCCCGGAAUCGGCUUCCGCUCGGUUUCCACCUCCACCACCUUCGUCAACGGCAAACGCAUCACCACGAAGAGGAUUGUGGAGAAUGGGCAGGAGCGGGUGGAGGUGGAAGAGGACGGGGAGCUGAAAUCGAUCCAUGU